AUGCUUCAUCCCUCUUUAGGUUUCUAUCAGAUCCAGAAAGUGACAUCUGGCUCAUUCAUAGGUAUCAUUCCGCCAAACAUGACAGCUCGCCGCGAAAAGCGAAAGCUAGCCAAAAAUCCACCCGUCACGAAAUAUAAUUUAGACCCAAAUACUCCCAUUCAUCGGCAGUCGCUUGCAACGGUUCCUGCUCCUGCUAUGGUCGAAACCAAGCAGCCCAAAUCCACUCCUCAGUUGCAUUAUGCCAUUCUCGAUCAACCGCAAAGAUCUGAGCUACCGCUGAACAGGAACAAGUCUGAACAUAAAGGACAAAGCGAUUGGAUGGUCCCGUUUUGCCAUAACCCAGUUGUUGGUCUUACUGUUAUUCAGCGUGCCCGGAUUCGUGCUCAAUACAGAAUUCAAGGGUCCAUGGGCAAUGAUAUCGUGAAGUCAUCUUUUUGUGGCCCAUGCGCUAUGAUGCAACAUGAUCGAGAGGUUCGUGCUAGAGAAGGCGAUGUAGGACUAGCAAAAGAUUUUGGUGGUCCACAGAUGUCCCAAAUUCAACCCAAAGCGCCGCAACCAAUGAGAUAUGCCUUGCCACGAAGGACUUCAGCUGAAGAUCCCGGGGUAGAGGACAGGAUAUUCAAGCAAGGACAGAGGCGCUACACAGAUUCUGAGCUUCAGGAGGUUCCUGCUGUAGCAGUAUCGUGUACAGAGGAUGCGGGUUGUCAGAUUUCGAAUGGCCACCGCAGUGAUAAUUGCGAGGUGGAGGCAUUAAAAGAUCAUCUGCUUAUGGAGUCAUAUAGGAGGGCUAUCAACUCUAGCACCACUGGCACAAAUGUUGCGAAGGUUGACGGUGCUACAUCUUCACAACAGAAAACCCGAGUAGGUUCUGAAAAAAAGAGUCUCGAUACAGACUCGCCGAUUCCUUCGCUCUACGAGCAUCAUUUGAAAGUGAAAGGUUGCGAGAAACUCUCGAGGAUGCCAGCAAGAGGACAUCUCUCCUAUGUUCAUGAUUUCUCUGAUUAUUCUGCUACUAAGAUUGUUUUGGAUCAUUAUGCUGAGGAAGAGAGGCGAUUGCAAGAAAAAGGCAUCGUGCGCUGUCUCACCCGCUUUAGCAAAGAAAAGUUAAACCAGCUAGGCUCGAACAAUGUUGCUACACAGUCUAUCAGAUCUUCCAGUUCAAGCACGAUUCGGCAGCAUACCUCUCAAGAAGCUGCUGUUGAAACGCCGGCUUUGGACCUUGUCAACAGGCCUCGUACCGAUAGGUGCGCUGCUGAAUCGGUGGAUGCUGCAUGGUUAUUAGAUAUACCAGCACAACAUCGAAUUUCAAGCUGUUCCGUUAUACCUAAGGAGACUGCUAGUGUACCAAAAUCACCGGGACAACAUCGAAUAGUUAGUUGCCCUACCACGUCUGGCACUCCUGUUACCGGCAGCUCUGCAAGUUCCACUUCAAAAGAUUGCUCGCUGCAAUGUACUGUCGAGACCGCAUCUCCAUCAAGCUCUUCAUCGUCGGCUAUGCACAAUGAAGUUUCAGCGACUAUUAUGGAGGAUUCCGAUCUUUCAACUCCUCUUAUUCAGUAUUCCCAAUAUGGUCAUCUCUUGGACGAGAACACCCUUAAAUCAGACUCGCCUAUCUAUGGAUCACUAUCGAGAUGUCGAGCUUCGAGUUGUACGACUCUCAGCCCUAAUGUUGCUCGUGAGCAGCAUUCCUUAGAAGGUUGCUCUGCGCUAUCUGGUGAUUCAAGUCCUAUUUCGGUUAAACAACAUCGUACAUCUAGCUGCCACGCUUCUAUUCCGUCUGGUAGCAGCAAGAGUCCAUAUUGGGAAAAUGAUCCUCAACUAUUAGGAGAUUGUAGCUUCACGACUGGAUCUUCAACGCCUCUUCCCACUAAACAGCAGAUAUUUGCAAGCUAUACAGCUGAAAACUCUUCAAUUGGUCAAAAAAGCUCGUCGGCGAUGGGUCAUUUGAUGGAAGAUGGAUGCCUACUUUCUGGAGCCGCCAGCCCUAUCAAGCAGCAUCGUGUUGCAAGCUGCGGAGGCAAUGUCAGUGGCCAAAAUUAUAUCAACGAGAAUGGCUAUAUUUCAUCCGGGUCGACAACUCCGAAACUACGUCAGCAUCGGGUAGUAAGCUGCAUCGCUUCUAGCGCUAUUUCCGAAUGCGAGGAACAUUUGCUUGAUGAUUGCGAGUUCGAUUCUAAAAUCGCCAGUCCACUCCCACAACACAAUAUCACAGGCUGCAAUACAGCUUCAGUGUUGGCAAAAGAACAAGGACAUUUGUUGACGGUAUUUGAAGAAGAACAGCAACACUUGUUAGAGGAUUGUGCGGCAGACUCUAGCCCUUCCAGUCCGCUUCGACAGCAUCGUAUAGCAAGUUGUGUCAUUUCUGAUGCCUCGAGCAACAGAAAUUCCGUGGUGAAACAGCACAGAGUUGCUAGCUGUCCUGAUAUCAUACUAAAAGAGGGUAGUGGAUCACAAAGCGCAUCACCUGAUUCUCAUCGCCUUCCUCGUGGUACCCUUGUCAACACCAGUGAAAAUGAUCAAUCAGCUCACACAAACUACGAAGAUUGUCUCCACACUCUGGAUGAAUGCAUUACUCCAGCCGAUAGAGUCAAAAUGGAAGCUAAUGCCAGUCGGGAUACAGAAUAUGAGAAGUAUAGCAUGAAAAUUGCUAGCCAUUUUAAUGAUCAAGCCACUGAGCUCAAUGAGAAAUCCGCUACAGGAAAAGAGGUUCGAAGACCUAGACUCAACGAUUUCGCUUCACACGAAAGCGAUGCUCAAUUUACACUCGCUCAAGUCCUUUCCUUGGAUCAAGAAAACCCCAUGAUCAGUGUUACCCAGAUAGACGGAGAUGGAACCAUGAGCGUAGCUAGUCGAGCCAGCGUUGCACCUCCCGUCCCAUUUCCAUCUCCCGCCGCACCUUAUCCUUCGCCCAUCACUCCUCUGCACAUUUCUGGCGCUUACCCUCCAUCCAUACCUUCUUUGAGCAAUAAGAAAGAUAAAAGAAGAAUUCCCUCAGAACAAAGUUCUGCCGGAAGUGCAUUUGCUAGUUACUUUGGAUUCGGCAAUACGAAAAAAACACAGGGUUUAGUCACUGGUGUCGGUGGCAGUAGAAGAAAAGUUAAUCGGAGUAGGGUUAGGAGCUUGGGUUUGGGAAUCGUGGAGCCGGUUUCGAUGGAAGAAGAACUGGAGUUGGAGGAAAUUUUGUCUUAA